AUGUUGUCGUCGGCGUGGACGGGAGGCGCGCGGGGGGAUCGUGGUCGACUACCGAUCUGGAGCGCUGGUUUGCAGAGGCGAUUCGUUCUGCCAUGGGUUACGCCAUGA